GUGAGCGCUUAGGUGUGAAACACGGGCGCUGCUGCGAAGUGCAUCUUCCCCGCCGGUCAGAACAGCAACAGCACUCUGUCAGGAUUUCUAUAAUAAGAAGUCGCCAUGUCUCGGAGAUAUGAUUCAAGAACCACCAUCUUUUCCCCUGAAGGGCGCCUCUAUCAGGUGGAAUAUGCCAUGGAGGCUAUUGGUCACGCUGGAACCUGUUUAGGGAUUUUAGCCAACGACGGCGUGCUGCUGGCGGCGGAGAGAAGGAACAUCCACAAGCUGCUGGAUGAGGUGUUUUUUUCAGAGAAGAUCUACAAACUUAACGAAGACAUGGCAUGCAGCGUAGCAGGAAUCACGUCUGAUGCCAACGUCCUCACAAAUGAACUGCGGCUAAUCGCACAGAGGUAUCUCCUCCAGUACCAGGAGCCCAUCCCCUGUGAACAGCUGGUUACAGCUCUGUGUGACAUCAAACAAGCCUAUACACAGUUUGGAGGGAAAAGACCAUUCGGUGUGUCUCUGCUGUAUAUGGGCUGGGAUAAACACUAUGGCUUCCAGCUGUACCAGAGUGACCCCAGUGGAAACUACGGAGGCUGGAAGGCGACCUGCAUCGGCAACAACAGCGCGGCCGCUGUGUCAAUGCUGAAGCAGGACUUUAAAGAGGGAGAGAUGACGCUCUCUUCAGCUCUCGCGCUCGCUGUUAAAGUGCUCAACAAGACCAUGGACGUCAGCAAGCUCUCUGCAGAGAAAGUCGAGAUCGCCACGUUGACGCGAGAGAACGGUAAGACCAGAAUCAAGGUUCUCAAACAGAAAGAGGUGGAAGAGUUGAUCAAGAAGCACGAAGCAGAGGAGGCCAAGGCGGAGAAAGACAAGAAAGAGAAAGAACAGAAAGAGAAAGACAAAUGAGAAACCUGCACUUCCUCCUUUUUAAAAUCCAAAAAAAAAAAAAAGUGGAGUUGAAUUCGUAGUACAACACUCGGUCCUGUCUGUAUGUCUGAUUUUUAUUUUAUCUUUUUUCUUUAAUAAACACAACACGGUGA